UCCAUAUAGAGUAACUUAAUUAAUCAAAUCUAUAGUUGGAAACUUAAAGUAGUGUUUAAAAAAAAAUUAUCACAUGAUUUUUAGUCAUUUAGACCACUAAUCUUCAUUAGCAAGUCCCAAACAAGGGGUCCAUUUAUCCCCUCUUUAGGGGAAAAAAGCCAACUCUUUAUACAUUUUUCAUAUCAAUAAACAAUUUCGUGAUCCAGUAUAAAAAACGGAUCAAUUGAGUUAUAAAUUCUCCGAUUUAGCUUUGUUUGCAACGAUAAUAACUAUAAAUUUCGAUGGAAAAUCGUCGUAGAAAGAGCAAUUCAGGUGAUAGAUUUUCAUUUCCAAUAAUUAUGCCGGUUCAGGAAGGAGAAGAAAUGGAAUUUGAAUUUUCCGGUAGUGUUUCGCCGGGAUCUCCGAAAUCUCCGGCGGAUCAUUUGUUCUUCAAUGGACGGUUACUGCCGCAUUACUUCCCCUGUCAACCGGUAAGUAAUAUCAAUAGUCCGAUUUCGUUUUCGCGAUCAACGAGCAGAACGAGUAAUGCUAGUAGCAGAGAUUCGCUCUGGUCCUCGCGCAGCAACAGCACCAAUAGUCGUAGCAGUUGCAGUAGCAGCGCGAGGACCAGCACCAGCGAAUGUUCUGAAAGGAAAUUGAUGAAUCAAAGGAAUAAUUCAGCGUUUGCUAUGUAUAGAAAUUCGUCGAAUAAUAUGAAUUUUUCGACUACUCUGCAUACUGGAAUUUCGCCUAAAUGGCAGUUUAUUGCAACACCAGCACCAGUAAUGAAGAAAAAACAACAAUUUUCAGCUCCAGCAAUGAAGAAAAAAGGCCAAUUUGUUUUGAAAUCUCAGAAACAGAGUGCGAAAGGAGGCAAAGAGAUGAAAUCGAAGAAACAGAGGAAGGAAAAUGGUAAAAGAAAAGUGAGAUUUUGGUUUUUGCGAAGAGUUUUCAGGAAGUUUAUGUCAGCUUGCAGAGAAUGUCACGCAAUGGAACCAACAAGAAGAGAGAGGCUUUCUCGUCGUUAAAAGCUAUAUUGCUCGGAUUCUUCUAAAAUAUCGAUAGCAAAUGAAUGCAUGUCAAAUAUUUCAAAAAAUAUUGCAUUUUGGAAAAUCGAGUACGAGCAAGAUAGGUGAAAUGAUUUGACAUUACUAAUUGAUUGUGUCCUAAUAAUUACUGGCUAAUUGUUGUUGUAUGUGGCAAGUGUGGUGAUGAUUGGCUAAAUUUUCAACUUUUGGUAAUUAUUGAUCUAUGAUUUUGGGAGAUAAUAUUUUUCUCAAGUCAUAUAAGUGAUUAAGGUUUGUGACAAACCUUCUAUGUCAAAUAGAUUUUGAUCAUGUUUUGUUUCUUAAAUCUCUUUUCUUGCCUUUUAUUACCACCUUAUGCAUGUAUUUACUGGUCGAGUUAAUCUAAAUUCACGUCUUG